CGGGAGCCUCAGUAUCGCCGCCCAGAAGGAAGGAAGGUGGUUGUGGUAGGUGCUGCUAUGGUGCUGAAUUUCUCGACAGAGCCGACCCAGAAGCGGCGGUCGCGGCCAUGAAGGCGGGUGCCACGUCUAUGUGGGCUUCGUGCUGUGGGCUGCUGAAUGAAGUCAUGGGGACUGGAGCUGUCAGGGGCCAACAGUCAGGAUUUGCAGGAGGCACUGGUCCAUUCAGAUUUACACCGAGCUCUGAUUUUACCACUUACCCACCAGCACCUACAGAAGGGCCUAAUAUAGUUUGCAAAGCCUGUGGACUUUCAUUUUCAGUCUUUAGAAAGAAGCAUGUAUGUUGUGACUGCAAGAAAGACUUUUGCUCCGUUUGUUCGAUCUUACAAGAAAAUCUCCGUAGAUGUUCCACUUGUCACUUAUUACAAGAGACAGCCUUUCAGCGCCCUCAGUUAAUGAGACUGAAAGUGAAGGAUCUACGGCAGUAUCUCAUUCUUAGAAACAUACCGAUCGAUACCUGUCGAGAGAAAGAAGACUUGGUAGAUCUGGUACUGUGUCACCGUGGGCUGGGCUCUGAGGACAACCUGGACACGAGCAGUCUGAAUUCCUCAAGGUCCCAGACUUCUAGCUUUUUUACACAUUCAUUUUUUUCAAACUAUACAGCCCCACCUGCUACCAUGUCUUCCUUUCAGGGAGAGCUUAUGGGUGGAGACCGGACCUUAGGAUCUGGAGUACUGGCACAGGUGCGAAGUGAAAUAGCCUCAGCAAACACAGAAGAUGAUGAAGAAGAUGACGAUGAUGACGACGAUGACGACGAUGACGAGGAUGAAGAAAACUUGGAGGAGCGGACAUCUGGCCUCGCUAAGAAGAGAGUGAGAGCUUCUCUGUCUGACCUGUCAAGCCUUGAAGACGUGGAAGGGAUGAGCGUGCGCCAGCUCAAGGAAAUCCUGGCUCGGAAUUUUGUCAACUAUUCUGGCUGUUGUGAAAAAUGGGAGCUAGUAGAGAAAGUAAACCGGUUAUACAAAGAGAAUGAAGAAAAUCAAAAGUCAUAUGGCGAGCGGCUGCAGCUGCAGGACGAGGAGGACGACAGCCUGUGCCGGAUCUGCAUGGACGCCAUCAUCGACUGUGUCCUGCUCGAGUGCGGGCACAUGGUCACCUGCACUAAGUGCGGCAAGCGCAUGAGCGAGUGUCCCAUCUGCCGGCAGUAUGUGGUGCGCGCCGUGCACGUGUUCAAGUCCUGAAGCCGAGGACCCCCCAGGCUCGAUCCCAGACGUUUCAGUGCACAGAAGGGACUGGAAACUUCCUGUUCAAAAUCUGAAGCUAUUUUUAAAAAUUAUUUUCACGACUAACCGGGGACAGGAGAGAUUCAUCCUAAGUUGCAGCAACGCUGGUCCAUGCUGUGUGCCUGUCAGCUGGAGGACUGGCUCAGCUUCCCAGUUUCUGCUGGGCUUCUUCACACAUCUCUGAUUACUAAUCGCCGAAGUCAGACUGCUUAUGGCAUCAGCUACUGUUCUCUUUGGAGGACAUUUAUCUUGUUCUCUUAUUUCUCCUUCAUCCUAUUUUUAACUUAAACUACUCAGAUGUUUGAAACUUCUGCUCUCUUUGGAUGAGGUCACUGUCUGCAAAUGGCCGACAUGGUAUACGCUGAACAGGGGCACCUCUGAAUGUUCAUUUUAUUAGUCAUGUAUAUUUUAAAUGCUACUAUUUGAUGAAUGUAAUUUUCCACAUUGUUGCUAUUUCUGCAUUUAAACGUAAUUGGGAACAACUGACAUUCUAUAGUCAACUGCCAGGACCUGAGACUAAACAUGUCCAUUUUUGUUCAGGUACAGCUUUUUAUAGCGAGGGCUGCAUCUAGCUUCCUUCAUUAGAGAAGUGUGUGCGUUAAAUUCUUUAUUAACGUGUAAUCAGUUUACACUGUUUUAUAUAUUGAAAGUGUAUUUUCAGUGCUACCCACGAGCUAGUCUGAACUUUAGGAAUAAAAUUAGGUUUUAAAAAAUGCUUUUGUUUACAUUUGUCCUGGCCAGUUCCUAAUUCACUUCGGUGCAGCAUGAAUGGGUGUCCAGGCCUGGUCUAGUACAUUCUUCAUGAGAGAAAGGAGCACCUUCAAAGAUGUUGUACCUGUCUACCUUGGCUGCUAAUUUACCAGUAAAUUUAACUACAUAUUUGCCACAUACUGUGACCAGGUAUUGUGCCAGGUGCUUUAUGGUUACCUCCAGCAUUCUGAAAUAGAUAUUGCCUCACAUCACAGAUGGGGAACUUGAUCUCUGAGAAGUUAAAGAACUUGUCGAAAAUCUCACAGUUAAAAAGUCACCAUAGGGAAUUCCCUGGCGGUCCAGUGGUUAGGACUCUGCGCUCUCACUGCUGAGGGCACUGGUUCAAUCCCUGGUCAGGGAACUAAGAUCCCAUAAGCCAUGUGGGGCAGCCAAAAAAAAAAAGUCACCACAUCAGAAUUUGAACCUAGCUCUGAUGACAGUGUUUUUUUCUUACCUCUUCUAAUACCACAACUGAGAAACCUGAGACAUUAGCUUAUGCUAAAAGGUUCUUGGGACAUUAAUGAUCUGAAAUCUCUUUUCUUUUAGGUCCAGCUCUAAUCAGGGUGGUUUUUUGGUUUAGUUGAGACCAAAUGUGGAUUCAUUCCCAUGGCUUGUGGGCAGGUAUGUUUUUAGGAAACUAUGUAACUUCUUGGCUGAGUCCUGUGGGUUUUUUAUCUUUUGACUCUGCAGUGUUUAACACAUGCCUUCAGGUGCUCAGGAUCCAGAAGUCAAUCAACAAGACCUGAAACUUACAGCAAAGGAGGUAAACAGUCUUGCCCCUCUGUGCUUAAGGCAGUAAGUUUGGCUAGCUGUGAAAAAAAAGUUGCCUUUCUACGUUUUCUGGUUUUGAGUGUCAGAGCAUGUAAAUCAAAGCCUUGUGGAUAUUCUGAAUACCCUUCUCCUGUGCUUGCCUGAAGAGCCCAGGGUGGGUAUUAGCUACAAUUCAGAUGGACAGUAAAAGCUCAGCCCCUGCUAAAGCCUUAGGAGCACUUAGUCUGUACUUCUCCUGAGACGGUGAACUCCAGAAGUUCAACUUUCCCCACAAAUCCCUAAUUUGGUGGAGAGAAGUCUUCAAAUCCAGGCCAGUGGGUGAUGGUAAACACACUGAAAUAGAAGCUGAGCAGCAGGUGUUGGGGUAUCUUAAAUUAGAAAAUUGAGAUUUAUUUGCUCAUAGUCUCAGAACAGCUUGUUUACUGUUUCUUUUUGGACUUAUAGUUUCAGGUGCUUGUUUCAGCAAUGAACAAAAACUCUCAACGGUGGAUCUUCUUAAGUAGCAUUUUGAAAUAACCUUGGCUCAGUGAGAAGCCAACAAAUUUUUAGCCUAAUAGGCUCGACACUUGGAAUAACUGAAUUGCAAGGGACUAACUUAUCUGGCAGAGGGCAAACAUUCCUCCCUGGAAUCUGCAUUUUCUAGCUGCAUGCCAUGCAUCUUUAAUUUUUUGAAUAGGUCAUCUAUCAUAUGGAUAAAAUUCUGGAAGUUCACAAUGGAAUGCAAUGACGUCUCUUUGUCCUUGUCCUCACAGAAUGGAAGGAUGUCAUUCCAUGUUUUGGAUGGGCCGUGGUGCCUGCCUUUGUAAAGGCCAGGAUGCCUAGAGGAAGGAGGGUUAUGGCCUCUCCUCUUUCCUGGGUUAAGAAGUUAUGAUCCUCUUACAAGAAGUGGUCCCUCUGGUUUAUGGUCCUUCCAUUACUUCAUCAGAUACAGUGUAUGGGCUCAGAGCAGCUGUUUGCAGGCACCUAGCUUGGCCUGGCCUCAUCUAAAGCUCAUUUUUGAAGGAAUGAGUCUGUUCGAGACUGUACUGGGGUAUAAUCUUAACUGGAUUGUUCAGUACACUUGGGGGAAGGUCAUCUGUGACCAGUGCACUGCCUUGGCCGUCUCAAGCCUAGAGAGAUGCUGUCCUUACUCUGUGGUGUGUCCUUAUGGAAACUCCAGCUGCUCAGCCCUGGCAGCCCUUCCUUCACCUCCUCUCUUGGCUGACCUGUGUGCUCCUGGAAACAUUACAGGGCACGGAGGGCCCUCUAAUGCUGAGAUUCCACUUGAAAACCACCGUCCUCCUUCAACGGUUCCCAAGGGAGAAGAUGCCUUUAUUGGACAUGAGGGUGACUCUUACUCGGAGGCUCACAGCACUCAGGCCGCCAAGAAGACUGCAACUUGACCUCUUGUGUGGGUGCUCCACGAUGAACGAUCAGGCUUGCAAAGUUAUCGCCUAACCAGGUGCCUCCACCACCCCAGCCCCAGGUUACCAGUGCAGGAUGUGGCCUCCUUGAGUUGCGUCCAGUGGAAGCUGAGGAAAUGAACCCCUGUCCCCCUUUGGCAGUGGAAAUGCCAAGUGGCUGUGGAAGUUAUUUUAUACGGGUGUGGUCAGCAGCACCCAAACAGGAAUGUCUUCUUGGUAAAGGCUGCCUUAGAAAUGGUCCAGAAAGCAGUGCAGUUUUGAUUCAGAAAGACCAAAGGAAAGCGCCUGACUCACUCAACCCCAAAACGGUGGCGGACUGGCUUCUCCCUCAGCGAGACUUGCAAAAUGGAAUCGUUCUGUGGUCUGUUGUUCCAAGUUCCAAAUUGAAAAUAAAAGCCCUAGUUUUUGUAAAGUCUUUUUCCCUCCCCUGCCGCGCGUCCCCUCCCCUCACCCACCCCAUAUGUACAUACUUGUCCAUGGACUAACUCAGUUUUUGCAGGAGUUUUUCUUCCACUUGCCCGAACUGGACACUAACAGACAUUUCGGCUAUGAACUGCUCACAGCCUUCCUUGGUAACUUGCUUGCAGUACCUCAGGUCAAUAUGACAGAUAUUCCCACACCGUUUGAAGAAGGACAGGCACUGGUCAGUGACCUUAUUGCAGUCUGCAGGGAAGAGGACACACGGUGAGGUGGAGGAAGCGUGCAGCCGAGGGCCCUCCCCAACCCCCAGGCACUCAGCAACAGAGCAGCAACUGCCCUUGCUGGAAAGCUCUCUUCAAAUGCAGAAUGGUUUCAUCUACCACUUACAGAAGUUUCAUAUAUGCUUGAAAAGCAUCCACACAUUCCAAGUGAAACUGCUUAGACUCUUACCCCAUGGCUGCCCCUUAUAUGUAUAUAUUCUCACAUCAGUACGUCCUGUCUAUGUUGUUUUAUAAAGAUAGGAUCACACAAUA